AUGGCCGACCCCAGCGCGCUCUCGGAUCGCGCCGUGCCCAUGCGCGUUAUCGUCUGCGGCGUCCACCGAACCGGCACAUUGAGCAUGCGUCAUGCGCUCUAUCGACUGGGCAUUCACGACUGCUACCACAUGCUCACGGUCCGCGAUAACCCCGAACGGGACGGCCACCAGUGGAUCCGGGCCAUUGACGCCAAAUACAGCGACAAUGGCACCGCCCCGCUCACCCGCCGCGACUGGGACGGUCUGCUGGGCGAAUGCCAGGGCGUAUGCGACGUCCCGGCUGCGCUGUUUGGGCCUGAGCUGGCCGAGGCGUACCCGGAGGCCAAGGUCGUCAUCCUCAACCGCGACCCAGAGAAGUGGUACAUCAGCGUGCUGAACAGCAUACACGGCAAGAGGUCGCUGGCAUCCAAGCUGGAGAUGCUCUUCUGCAUGCUCUUUGACUCGACGACGAGGGCGUGGAUCAAGUUCGCCAUGGCGUUCGGAGGCCACUUUGGCUACGAUCACCGGGCGGAGAAGGACAAGGCGCUGGCGUGGUAUGCGAACACGUACAAGGAGUUCCGCGACAAGAUUCCCGAGGACAGAAGGAUCGAGUUCACAGUGGCCGAUGGCUGGGGCCCCUUGUGUAAGUUCUUGGACGUCCCGGUGCCCGUGGACCGCGACGAGGACGGCAAAGAGGUCGAGGCGCCCUUUCCGCGUAGGAACGACACGGCGGCGUUCUUGGGGUCGAUGGUUGAGUGGCGUCACGAGGCGAGCAAGCGGUCACUAGACAAUGUGUUCCGUCUGGUGGGGAAGACGGUCGUGGCAGGAUCCACGGCAUCGGCCGAGGUCGGCCAUGAUCAGCUACAUAUUCCCUAUCGUAGCACGACAUCCUCCUCCAUCGUUGGGAAUCACGACAUCACCAACAAUUCCUUCACCAGGACCGCCAUCAUGUCUCUCAAAGCAGCGCUCGUCCUCGCCGCCGGCGCCACAGCGUGGGUGACGCCCUCGCGAUUCGCAGAGGAUCAGUUCCAGCUUACCAAGCCGUCCCCCUUCAAAUGUGACCUGCCCCCAGCUCUCGAACCCUCUGGCGACGAUCUGGAGCAUGCCAGCAGUCUACUCACCGGCAGGGAUGCGCUCGAUAGACUGGUCGCGCGGCAUCAGGGGAUUGUGCGUGUGCCGAGCGUCUCGUACGACGACAAUGGCGAGCCUGGGGAGGACCCUCGAUGGGAGCCGUUCUAUACGCUGCAUGAUGCCCUGAGGGAGCUGUAUCCCAAGAUCCACCAUCACGCCAAGCUGGACAAGAUCAACACCUUUGGUCUGGUGUACACGCUCGCAGGCUCCGACGCAUCCCUCAAGCCGACGCUCCUCACAGCCCAUCAAGACGUGGUGCCCGUGCCGGACCCGUCCACCUGGACACACCCACCGUUCGAUGCGCACUUUGACGGCGAGUGGCUCUGGGGCCGUGGCGCAGCCGACGACAAGAGCUCCCUCACCGCGCUCAUGUCCGCCGUCGAGACACUCCUGGAGCAAGGCUGGGUGCCCAAGAGGACGCUGGUGCUCGCCUUUGGCUACGACGAGGAGUGCUCCGGCUACCGCGGUGCCACCAAGAUUGGCGAGUUCCUCACCGAGAAGUACGGCGACGACGGUGUCGCCGUCAUCCUGGACGAGGGUGGCCUGGGCUUCGAGGGGCCCGAGGAGAAUGUGCUAUAUGCCCUGCCGUCGGUGAUGGAAAAGGGCCACAUGGACAUCUGGCUCACGCUCAGCUUCCCCGGUGGCCACUCCUCUGUGCCCUUGGCGCAUACGGCCAUUGGCGUCGCCGCGGAGAUUGUGAGCACGCUCGAGGCGAACCCGUUUGAGCCGGAGCUCCUCGAGGACGGACCGACGCAUCGCCAUCUGAUCUGCAAUGCCCGCUACUCGCCCGAUGCGAACCCGACGGUCACUCGACUCGUCAAGAAGGGGGAUUUGAAAGGUCUGGCGGACGAGGUGAUCAAGGUGUUUGGGCGCGGGGGCCGAUACAUGCUCCAGACGUCGCAGGCCGUGGACGUGAUCCAGGGCGGGACCAAGAUCAAUGCCAUGCCAGAGACGGUGGCCGUGGGCGUUAACUACCGCAUCUCCCCGCAAGACAGCAUCGACAGCAUCCAGGACACCGUGCUGGCCAACAUCAAGCCCGUAGUCGACAAGUACGGGCUGGACGUCAAGGCUUUCCAGGCUGAGGGGGAGGCCUCGGCUGCGGUCGCCAGCGCAAAUGGAACACUGUAUCUCGAGGCGAACCAGGUGUUCCAGCCCACGCCUAUCGCGCCGACAGAGGGCAAGGUCUGGGAUGUCUUCUCGGGGACCAUCCAGCACACCUUUGGAGCGGGCGACGCCAGCAGGACCGUCGUCCCUGUGGGGGAGAUUAUGCUUGGCAACACGGAUACCAGGCACUACCUAAACCUCUCGCCCAACAUCUACCGCUGGAACCCCAUCUCGCGGGAUGCCGCCAUCAACAUCCACACGGUGGACGAGAGGCUCCGGAUGGAGGACCAGCUGCUGAUGGUGCAGUUCUACUACGACUUUGUGCGGAACUUUGACCAGGCGGAUCUGUAG